GUGCAUUUGGUGUAUGUAUUGACUGAAGUGAAGGCACAUUGCAUUUGUAGUUCAUUUCCUUUUCUCGUUAAACAUGUCUAAAAGAGGACGCGGAGGUACUGCUGGAGCGAAGUUUCGCAUAUCGCUGGCCCUUCCGGUCGGCGCUGUUAUGAAUUGUGCCGACAAUACGGGCGGAAAGAAUCUGUACGUAAUCGCCGUGAAUGGCAUUAAGGGUCGUCUGAAUCGACUGCCGGCCGCC